AUGUCGUCCCCCGCAAACCAGGCCAUCAACGCUCUCGCGCCCGACAUGGAGAAGAGCGCCUAUCCUUCCUCCGACAACCUCGAGAAAGGCUCCACCGACCAGGUCGCCCUCGAUCGCCUCGGCUUGAACAAGGAUUCCCCCGACGGUCACGUCCAGCGCAACCUUAAACAGCGUCACCUUUCCAUGAUUGCGCUAGGCGGCACCAUCGGCACUGGUCUCUUUGUUGGUCUUGGUGGUUCCUUGUCCAGCGCGGGACCUGUCAGCACGCUCAUCGCCUACCUCAUCAUGGGUGUUGUCGUUUACUCCAUGAUGGUCGCCCUUGGCGAGGUCAGCACCCUCCUUGCCGUGCCUGGCGGUUUCACGCAUCACGCAAGUCGUUUCCUAGACCCCAGCCUAGGCUUUGCCCUCGGUUGGACUUACUGGUAUUCUUACGGCAUCACCAUCCCAACUGAGAUCUCAGCCUCAGCCAUCGUCAUCCAGUACUGGGACACGUCCAUCAACCCUGCUGCAUGGAUCUCGAUUCUUCUCGUCCUGGUCAUCGGCGUUAACUUUCUCGGUGUCAAGUACUACGGUGAGACCGAAUUUUGGUUCUGCCUGAUCAAGGUCAUCGCCAUCAUCGUCCUUAUCAUCACUUCGCUCGUCAUCGAUCUUGGAGGUGGUCCCCGAGGUGAUCGUCUCGGCUUCCGCUACUGGAAAGACCCUGGUCCGAUGGCUCAACUCUUCUGGACCCCCGAUCCCGAAACCGGCAAGCCUCUCGGUGGCAUUAGCGGCGCGACCGGACGAUUCCUCGCCUUCUUCAACGUUUUCGUUGCUGCUGCAUUCUCCUUCGCCGGAACCGAGAUUAUCGGAGUCGCCGUCGGAGAGACCGAAAACCCCCGCAAGAACGUGCCCAAGGCUAUCAAGCGCGUCUUCUGGCGAAUUCUUCUCUUUUACGUUUUGGCCAUCUUCAUGGUCGGCCUCGUCGUUCCUUACAACGACCCACGUCUCCUCAACGGUGGUAGCGAUGCCAGCGCCUCUCCUUUCGUCCUCGCGAUCAGCAACGCCGGCGUCCGCGUGCUCCCUCACAUUAUCAACGCGGUCUUGCUCGUCACGUGCUGGUCGGCUGCUAACAGCGAUCUGUACGCUGCUUCAAGGACAAUCUAUGCGCUUGCACUGGAGAACAAGGCGCCAGCAUUCCUGCGCAAGUGCACGAAGGGGGGAUUGCCGAUCUGGGCACUCACUGUGACGUCGCUGUUCGGCCCGCUUGCAUACAUGUCGUGCGGGUCGGGAGGUGCAGAGCAGGCGUUCGAAUACCUGUACGACGUUUCUGCAAUUUCGAUUAUCAUUGCCUGGAUCAUCAUCCUGUGCACAUACGCGCGAUUCUACCACGGACUCAAGUACCACGGUAUCGCACGCAAGACGCUCCCUUACACAGCUCCGUUCCAGCCAUACCUUACCUACUUCGGGAUCUUCUUUCUUUCCAUCGUCCUCUGUUUGCUGGUUUCCCGUGUUCAUGACGGCCAG